AUGCUUCGUGGCGCUGCCGGGCUUGCGUUUGCGAUGGGGGCCGCGACGGCCUCCUUCCGCAGCGGCACGUACAUUUGUGAUACGUGGAACGCGUGGAACUGCUUCCCGACCGUCCCGACGAUCGUGCGCUGGAGCGACAACGGCAUCGACGUCGAGUGCAUGUCGACCGACGGCAAGACGUGUUUACCGACGACGACGCCCGACGCUUGCAUCCAGCUCAAGCGACAACCGCCGACGUACACGUCUAACAUUAAGUGCCCCGCAAGUUUGCCGAAAGACCAUUCCUUCGACUGUGACAGCGCCGCCAACGCGGCCGCCCUACGCUACGCUGGCGCCGACCACCAAUGCGCCGAAAGCAUCUACAGCGUCGACGUACGCGACAACGACUGGGCCCAAGCCGUCGACACCGACGUCGUACGGGACGCCCCGACGAGGCACCAACGCCCCAAGACCGACGACAAGCAAUCCGUCGACUCCGACGCCGUAUGGCACGGUGCGCGCGGGAACCGACACUCCAAAGACGACGACCGCGACACUAAAUUCUACUACAAACGUGCCCAAGACAACGACGUCAACGCCGUACAGUACACUAACGAAUGCGCCGAAGCCCACCACGGUAUUGCCAAAGGCAACCACGGAAGCUCCAAAGUCGACGACGAAGAACUCUUACGGAACGCCAGUCCCCACCACGACGGCCCCAAAGAUUACCACUGUGGCACCAAAGGUAACCACGGUGACACCAGCGCCAUCGACCCCAACGCCUCAAGCCACGACGGUUACCCCCAAGCCGUCGACCCACGGCCCGUACAGUACGCCGAUCCCUGUGACAGAUGUCGCGAAACCCUCGAGUUUGAAACCGUCAACCCAGGCUCCGUAUGGCACUACGGCAGCUCCCAAGACCUCAAAAGUGUCUCCAGCAGCAACAACGGUCGCGUCAAAGCCGACGACAGCGCCUCCGAAGCCCUCGACCCAAGCUCCGUAUGGUACGCCCGUGUUGGCGACGAACGCACCGAAGUCAACGUCAGUGCCUCCCAAGGCCACGACG